AUGGAAGCUCGCCUUCGGGUACACCUUGCCAAAAAGGCUUGCGCACGAUGUAGAUCUCAGAAGAGGCGAUGCGACAGGGCUACUCCUGAAUGCGGACUAUGCCGGAGGCUUCGUCAAGCCUGUCACUAUGAAGGACUGGUGAUAUCAUCUCCAAGGUCGAUACCAUCGUCCUCUAUCGACGCAGAGCUCCCCCUUGAAACCUUAAGUCCGGGCCAUAUCAAAGACGCCAUCGCUAAGAAACUCACAUCAGCUCCGGGCGAUAUAUUUGUGACAUACAUCCAAUCCAUCCAUCCUUGGUUUCCUAUCAUCGCACAAACAUUACAGGAUCAGCUCCCAAGCUCUUGGAACGAAGCUUCCCUGGAUGACACGCUCCUCGCUUUCUGCAUUAAUUUGCUUUGUACCUCCCCGUCUACCUCCUCAGGAGACGGGACUCCAUCUGAUUUUCAGUCCGCGUACCUACGUGUCAAGAGCUGGAUAGCAGUGAUCGAAGGACUCGGUGUCACCUCGCUCAAGAUCGUCCAAGCAAGGGCUUUGGUCACUCUGUUUGAAGUUGCACAUGGCUUCUAUCCGGCAGCUUACAUCUCUAUUGGGACUACCGUCAGAGCUGCCGACGCACUUAAAGAUCACGGUUACUUAUGUCCGUCUUCCUCAUCGUCUACUUCUGACGAGUCAGGGAAAGAGGAGGCCAUAGUAAUCGGGUGGGCAAUCCGUAUCCUGGACAGAUACAUAACAAUACAAUCUGGACAUCGUCCAUCUCUCACUCGUUUUCUCGCCAAGGGUAUUCACGAUAUCAACAAAAUCCCCUGGCCCACCGGCCUUGAGAAAGACACAAGGAGCUCUCUCUGGCAACUCUCCCGUGCCUUCGAAGCGUCUACACUUCUUGAUAACAUACACAACGUGUUACACAACCCCACUCCAGAGCAAGCAUUCAACGUGGAAGAAAUAGGGCUUUUGGUGGAGACAUCACAUAGCCUCCGCACCCUCCUACUCGAAGAGGUUGAAGAUGCGGACCAGAUAUAUUCCGGUGGGCUAGGACUUUGUCAUAUUGGCCUACUCCUAGCCUACGAGAACGGUACCAAGGUGCAGAUUACUGAUGGACAAAGUUUAACUUGCCAAUCACUUGCCACAUCAUCUCUAACCCCCAUUCUCACCACCAUAACAAACAUGGUCUACCCCUUUGUUAGUGGUAUACAAGUCAUAGAUUUGGAUCGUCUACCUCCAUUUAACAUAUUUCUUGUGUACAAAGCGGCGGGCCUAGUAACAGAGAGGAUGUGGAUGGAAGCUGACUCAAGUGAGGCAUUGAGAAAGUUACGGAUUCUGAGAGGAUUCUUAAAGCUGGUGAACGCAAGGUGGUUAUGUUGCGAGUAUUACCUUGACAUUCUCAACGAGGAUACAGCGCCGCGAAUAUUAAAAUCUAUUGAAGGCGGGUAA